AUUUACUCAUCAUGACAGACAUUUAUGGAUAUUGCUACAGCACACUAAUUGUUCUUGGUGGAUUUAUGGGCUAUAUGAAAGCUGGUAGCCAGAUGUCUCUUUUGGCAGGUAUUAUAUUUGGUGCAGCUGCAGGUGUGGGUGCUUACAAAGCAUCUCAAGAACCUGGAAGUGUGAUUAUUGGCCUUGGAGUCAGCUUGGUUUUGUUGUUGGUUAUGGGCCUAAGAUUCAGCAAGUCUGGCAAGUUUAUGCCAGCUGGCUUAGUAACUUUACUGAGUGUAUUGAUGGUUAUUCGUUAUGGAUCCCGAUUGAUCAAAUAAACAGAAAUUACACAUGUAUUAAAAAAAAAGAAAAAAAAAGAGAAAAAAAAGGAAAGAAAAAAGAAGAAAAACUUCAUUAAAGAGAAGAAAAAAAUAAAGGUAAAAUUGGUGGAAUGUACAAAAUAAUAAUAAUAAUAAUAAUAGUUAAAGAAGAAGAAAGACGAUGAUAGAGGAACGGAGGGAGGAAUAAAGAAAGAAAGAAAGAAAGAGAAAAAAGAAAUAGGCAAGUCUUAGGAAGAGUUAUCGAAUUUCACAAUGCCUUGGUAUGUGUCAAUAGUGAUUUUGUUGCCUGCGGGUGUAGCAACAUAAACCAGUCCUGAUGCAUCUUCUUCUUCUAAGAGAUGUCCCGGGGGAAGAAACAUCAGAAAACCUCGAAUCAACCAUGGUUUACCGCUGAACAAGCGUGUCACUCGAUCCAAUACUUGAGGUGUAUUAAUUCUUUCUGUUUUAAAGUCACCCAUAAUCACUAAAAAGUCAUUGAAUACUUUGGGGCUGUCUGCAUAAUUAGUCUUGAUCUGUUCCAAAUAUCCUACUGCGUCCUUUUCCAAAGAUCUCUUUUCGACUGGCUUGGAAGGAAGUGUGGCAGUUGUAUGCAGAGCCCUAAUUUCUUUACCAAAAACACCCUCCAUUAAACGCAGCAUCUCUUCUUGCUUGCUUUCCCCGAUCUUCUGACUCGUCAGAACUUUGAGU